AUGGCUGAUACACGCAAGAAUGUCCUAGUUGCAGGCAUGGGCCACUUUGUCUCUGCAGAUUGGGAGCAGCAAGGCAAAAAUGGACAACAGAAUACCAACAGGCAGACUGUGGUUGAUGUAAUAUUGCCUCGCCUUCACCCUGCACAAAGAUCUGACGUUUCACAGGAGAUGGAAAGAGCGAAAGCGGAAGGCUACGAUUACUCUCUCGUGGAUGUGAACCCGGAAGACCCAGAAGACACACUUCGACGGAUUAAGGAGGUAUUGCAGAAACGACAUUGUGAUAUCUUCAUGAUAGGCUUCGCGGUUAGAGGCAAUCCGAAAUUCACAUCAAUGUUCGAACAACUUGUGAACACCAGUGUCGAGGUGUCGCCCAAAACCAAAUUUGGCUUCUUUCCUAAGCCGGACGAGGUGUAUUCAACGCUUGUGAGGAUAUCGUCGUAG